UGGGAGUGGGAGGGCCACUGUCCAAUGGCCAUCCGAAAAGUCACUCACCCCUUAGCUUUCUAUCCAUUGGGCAACAGUUACACCCGUACCAUUAAAUACAUUACCUUUCUUACUACUUAAAUCCCUUCAAUGGAACAUUGCAAUACCCUCUCUCUCUCUCUCUCUCUCUCUCUCUCUUACAUCUGUCUUAUUACCAAAACCCACCAAGAAAUCAACACUGUCUUCUUUGUCUACCAUCAUCACUAAGUGCGUUUGCUGUCCUCCAAUGACCAACUCCCUCUUCUGAUUUACAGUUGUUGGAUUUGCGUGGACUUAAUGAUGGUGUUUUUGCUGUCUCAACAAGGAUAGAGUUUGGAAGUUGCAGACCUCAGUUUUCCACACCAUAUAACCUUAUUACAUGCACACUGCAUACGUACAAAGGAAGGAUAAGAGGUUGCAGUUUUAACGAGCAUUCAUGGCGUCGUAUCAACUCAUCAAAGAAGCCGGCGAAGACGGAACAUUGGAUUUGCAGAGGAAGGAUUGUACUCUGCACGUGGAAGGUUGCAAUGGUGAUGUUGAGUCUGCUUUCCAGAAAAUUUAUCCAUCUUCUCCUCCGCUGCGACCUGCAGGGUCCGACACCGCUGCUAACGGCGCCUCCAGGGGCACUUCGCCGUCCGCUCGCCUUGCGUCCCUCGACGUUUUCCGUGGCCUCACCGUUGCGUUGAUGAUUCUUGUUGAUGAUGCUGGUGGGAUCCUGCCAACUAUCAAUCACUCACCAUGGAAUGGUUUGACUCUGGCAGAUGUAGUUAUGCCAUUUUUCCUCUUCAUGGUUGGUGUGUCGCUUGCUCUUGUAUACAAGAAUAUGUCUUGGAGAGGCGCUGCAUCAAAAAAAGCAAUUUUCCGGGCACUAAAGCUUUUAAUUCUGGGGGUUUUUCUCCAAGGAGGCUAUUUCCAUGGUAUUAACAAUCUAACCUAUGGCGUUGACAUGGAUCUGAUCAGGUGGAUGGGUAUAUUGCAGAGAAUCGCAGUAGCAUAUUUGGUGGCAGCAAUGUGUGAGAUUUGGCUCAGAAAUGAUGAAAAAGUUAGUUCCGGGCUAUCUCUACUAAAGAAGUACAAAUGGCACUGGAUUAUGAUGCUCGUGCUCACUACCAUAUAUAUGCUGUUGUUAUAUGGUUUAUUUGUUCCUGACUGGGAGUACCAGAUUCCACUUGGAGCACCUUCUGAGGAGGCUAAGAUAUUCAUGGUGAAAUGUGGAGUGCAUGGCGACACUGGACCUGCAUGCAAUGCUGCUGGAAUGAUUGAUCGUAUGAUUUUGGGUGUUCAACACUUAUAUCGGAGGCCAAUAUAUGCCCGAACACAACAAUGCAGUAUCAACUCCCCAGAUUAUGGCCCACUUCCUCCAAAUGCUCCUUCAUGGUGCCAAGCCCCCUUUGAUCCAGAAGGAAUUUUAAGUACAAUGAUGGCAAUCGUCACUUGCUUGAUAGGCUUACAAUUCGGGCACGUUGUUGUCCACUUUAAGGAUCACAGAAAUAGACUUUUGUUGUGGCUAGCACCAUCUUCAGCAUUUAUAGUCCUGGGCUUGCUAUGUGACAUCUUUGGCAUGCAUAUAAACAAGGCUCUGUACUCUUUCAGCUAUACGUGCGUGACUAGCGGUCUGGCAGGCUUUCUACUUGCCACAAUCUAUUUGGUGGUGGAUGUGUAUGGAUGCAGACGGUUUGCGUUGGUGCUCGAAUGGAUGGGUAUGAACGCUUUGCUGAUAUAUAUUCUUGUAGCCUGCAAUAUCCUACCUCUUAUUCUACAAGGAUUCUAUUGGAGGGAUCCUCGUAACAACAUUCUAAGUUUGGUUGGAAUCCGGAAACAGGCUCAAUGAACGGUUGUUUAAUUUGGGGGAUUUGGUCGAUGAGUUGAGGCUGGAUUGCUCGGAUACAGUUCUUGAAUAGUAAAAUGAAGGGACAAUGAGGAUUGCACUUCAACAAGACUGUAAGCCAUGGCAUCUCCAUAUGUAUUACCCCCCCGCGCGCGCACGAGCGCUCAGGUCCAGAGGUAAUUGCAUGGGUGCACGCAUGGAGCAUCAACAGAUAGAUGUAGAAAUAGUUAGUUAUAAGUCAUAAUCUUUAGGAAAUUGGGACAGUUGAAAUAUAGGAGAGUUAUUUGAUUUUAUGCCUUUGAUGUACAGGUGAAUAUGAUUAUAUAAAUAUCCAUUUAUCUUA